UGGCACAUAUGGCUGAAAUACAAAGACAAGAUUUGCCCCUACCUCCCAGAUCGGAGGGAUCUUGCUCCUCAAAUUGAAUUUCUUGAACUCAUCGCAGACUCGGUGCACUCCUACAUGUUCAAAGUAAAAAUCCAGGAAAGAAUCUACGCUCUUAAAUUGCACACCAUCCAUUCUCCUUGUUGGCCACCAUCCUACUCAUUGGCCCGGGUCGAGGAUAUUGUGACGUAAAAUGAUCCGUUCAUUGCUGAAAGUCGGGUAUACGCCUGCCUGGCCGAGUGUGGACUGGAUGGCCAAGUCGGUCCAAAAUGUCAUGGCUGGCUCACGAUUAGCAGAGAACAGGAACAAGCACUAGAUAAACGGUACAAUCUGACUAACGGGUACACGUCGACCGAUACAGCAUUAAUUCAAAAAUUGAAACACAUGGAUCGUCGUCCGUGGCUGGGCUUCCGUCAACGUCCAGAAGACACUGAUGAAUCUGUUCGAGGCUUAUUGCUCGAGUAUAUUGAUGGGACCAGCAUUGGAAAGGGAACGCUGAAGGCGUCGGCAGCAUCCAACUUGCGAUACCAACUAGAUUGUCUUCAUUCACUGGAUAUUGCUCAUGGGGACUUUUACCCGCGCAAUAUGAUGGUGUCGAAAGCUGGAGAUCCGUAUUUGAUUGAUUUCAGCUCAGCACAGUUGUGGCCUUGUCGAGGUUUUCAGAUGAAGAAGAAGAGAUUUGAUAGUUACAUGGGAUGCGAAAAGUCCGCCCUAGAGUAUUGUUCUGUUUCAACUCCAGAAGUUGGAACGCCAUCGCGACUUGAAGAUCAGUGACGCAGAAGAUGAUGAAGAUGCAUAUGGUGGUCAAGUCUCGUCGACUGUCGCAGCUUUUCAGGAAGAAUUCGUUGAUUGAGAUAUUUGUACCUGUGCACUUU